AUGCUUCGCCCGGUAACCACGGCACCGAGCCUACGGCCCCUUUCCGCCCGCCGCGCCCUCCAAGUCGUCGUGCGCUCACAAUGCCGCGACGCGUACAUACCGCACCCCUUUGCUAAGCCGCAGCACGCCGCGCAGCAACCGGCCAACUCCUUCCGCCGCAUCUUCUCCUCCUACCUAUCCCUCGCCAAGCCGCGCCUGAGCGCCCUCGUCGUGCUGACCGCCAUGGCCCCCUACGCCCUCUACCCCCCCCUCACCCUCCUCUUCCUCACCACGGGGACGGCCCUGUGCGCCGCCUCGGCCAACUCCCUCAACAUGCUCUACGAGGCCACCACCGACGCCGUCAUGUCGCGCACUCGCAACCGACCCCUCGUCCGCCGCCUCGUCUCUCGGCCCGGCGCCCUCCUCUUCGCGCUCCUGACCGCCACCGGCGGCGUCGCCGCUCUCUACUUUGGCGUGAACCCCACCGUCUCCUUCCUCGGCGCCACCAACGUCGUCCUCUACGCCGGCAUCUACACCCCGCUCAAGGCCCUCCAUCCCAUCAACACCUGGAUCGUUCCCCACUUCAUGGCUCUCUCUUGGACCAUCCGCGAAGACUACAAGGCCGCCGGCCUGCGCAUGCUCGCCUGGACCAACCCCGCCCGCAACGCUCGCGUCGCCCUCCGCUACUCCCUCCUCUUCGCCCCCAUCUGCUUCGCCCUCUGCGCCGCCGGCGUCACGGAGUGCGUCUGGCAACUCCCCGCCAUCCUUGUCCUCGCCGUCAUGCAGAAGAAGGGCAUGUGGUCCCGGGUAUGGAAAAGCAUCGUUGGUGACCACCAGGAUGUCGAUGAGGACGGCUACUACUUGGACUACGAGGAUGAGCUAGUCGACAUCUCGAGCGAAGAAAAGACCCACGCCGCAGUAGCCAAGAGCCGCAACGCUUGA